UCACAGCCAGUAUGGCAGCUCCCGCGAACCGUGUGUCUAAACCCUCCGGUGAACGUUUACCGUUCAAUACUACGAGUUUUCAGAAGAAAACAAGGAGCAAGUUGUUAUCCAUACCCGGCACCCGACCUUCGGUUCAAAAUGGACAGCUCUUAGUUUCCACCGGUGUCACAUCACUCGACUAUCUACUCGGUGGCGGGUUAGCAGUUGGAACAGUGCUUCUCAUAGAGGAGGACCGAUAUGAUAGCUACUCUCGCAUGAUCUUAAAAUACUUCCUGGCAGAAGGAGUGGUGUGUCGACACGAACUCUUCGUCGCAGCGGCUCAAGAUAACCCAACUGACAUCUUACAGGAACUCCCUGAUCCAAUCUUGGACGAUGUUGCUAUCCACAAACCAGUGGAGCAGCCCAGGCUGUCUUGUGAACCUCAAGAUAGUUUGGAUGCCAUGAAGAUUGCCUGGCGUUAUCAGAAUCUUCCAAAAGUGCAGAGUGCCCUGGCAUCCUCGUCCCGGUUCGGGCACUACUAUGACGUCUCCAAGACGAUGGAACCAGAAAUUCGCCAGGCAGCCAAGUGCCACCCCUUUUACCUUCCAGAACAUCCCACCCAGUCAUCACCCACACACAGUCCCAUGCUUGAGUCCUACUCCGCAUUGCUGAAGUCUCUUGAGGACGUCAUACACAGGGAGGGCUUUGAUGUAGCAACACCCAUGUCAAACUCGCGUAACAUCCUACGCAUUGGGCUCCACUCUCUCGGCUCGGCUCUGUGGGGUGAUGACCUGUGUUGUCAUGACAACCCAAGACAUGGCCACGCCCUCACUACCUUUCUCUAUGGACUGCGAGCUUUGCUGAGGUCAUCACUGGCAGUUGGAGUAGUUACUGUGCCUUCACAUCUUAUCCAGAACAGAGCUCUAAUGGGCAGCAUAACCAGGCUAUGUGACAAUGCCAUAGCCCUAGAAUCAUUCAAAGGCUCUGAGAGAGAGACCAACCCACUCUACAAAGAUUACCAUGGCCUGUUACAUGUGCGCCAGGUACCUCACCUGAACUGUCUGGUGAGUCAACUCCCUGACCACAAGGACCUGGCUUUUAAGCUCAAGAGGAAACAGUUCAGCAUUGAGAGACUGCAUUUGCCUCCAGACUUGUCUGAGACAGUGAGUCGUGUGAGCAGGGGGGAGCUGGCAGGAGCGACCAUGGUGGCCUCAGCCUGUGGCUCCGGCACUUCCGGCAACAAACACCUGGAUUUCUAGAGCUCCCACACAGUCGCUACGGGCAACUAACACCUGGAACGCUGCAGCGUUGCCCUCUUUACCGUGGUGACCAGGUUGUUCUCUCGCCCACGUAAUGUCAACUGCAAUAACCCUGCCAGCCAUUACCACCUGCCAACUGUCCCAGCCAGGGGUGAAGAUCUAAACAUCCACAGUACCCCUCCUCAGAAUGGACACAUUUCAGCCUUGUUUAUAUCAAUCCACAGUAUACUCUACAUCUUUCUGGCUCUGACAGCAAAUAAAUGCACAUUCAAAGUUGUCAGGAGAAGCUCAUUAAAAUUGUUAUUUGCCAAUUUUUCUCACCCUUAUUUACAUUUUGUCAGUGUUAUUUGCAAUGAAUUUCAGUCCAACAGUGUCUCAAAAUGUUAAGAUAAAGGAAUAAAACUGACUUGGCCCAGUUAAACAUCAAGAUUUUUUUCUUUUUGCCUCUGGGGACUUUGUUUACAAGUAAAGUGUGAUCAUGGUAUAUUUUUUAGUCUUUACAGAUUAUCAUUUCUGGUAGACAUUAAAUAAUUGACCUGCAUUCUCCCAAACUCUGGGCUUACUUUAGCUCAGCUCCACUAUGUACAAUAGUCGUAAAAUCCAAUUUAUUUUCUAGGACAAUGAAAUGUGCUUCUGUUAAGUUAAAUAAAAUCAAA